AUGGUGUGCAUUCUCGCUCGCACGUUUACUUAUUGCUCACUAUACCCGACUCUGUACGAUCAUCACGCCCAUUUUGACACAGGAUUUUUUUUGGUUUCAUCGUUUUUCUGUAUUAUUGCCUUGCCCACCGUGUCUCAACCAUAUUGCUUUAAGACGGGGAAUUGCAUCGUGCGUACCGGAGAGAGGUACAUGCACAUAUACACAUUUACGUUUGGCGUUCCCGGCGGGAUAAAAGGACUCACACUCACGAUAGCCGCUGUCUCGGGGGCUACUUGUUAUUUUUGUACGCAUGUGAGAAAGAGAUGGACGUAUGAGAGAAAGAGAAAGGAGGCUCGUUCUAAACGACGCCCGCUCGUUGGCGGUCAUGGAACCGCGGCAUGCAUUUAG